AUCGAGGGAAUGUUGCAGGAAAAAUUGAAAUUAGUUGAUUCAUUGAACUUGUUAUCUGAGGAGAAAAGUUCGCUAGAAGAAAGUAAUUUAAGUUUGGUGACUAAAAAUGAUGAAAUAAAGCUUCAACUUGAGGAAAUGAAUCAAAGAAAUAGGGAGCUCUCUGUUCAAUUGCAAAGCGUAAACCAGGAAAACUCACAGAUAAGAAAUAAAAAUAAAGAGCUUCUAGAGACUUUGGAAAGUAAUGAAAAACAUAAAAACGAAUGUAAAAAAGCUCUGGAAAGAAUGACGAUUGAUAACAAAAAUUCAGAACAACUCAUUGAAACUUUACAACAAGAGAAAAGAAAAUGACUCAACUCAUUAAGAAAUUAAGAAACAGUGCCGCGGAAAAUGUUAAACAUGCAGCUACUGAUGAGAAAGAUUUAAAGUCUCUACUAGCAGAGAGGGAUGAUUUACGAGAAUCUUUAAAAAGUUCUUUGUCAGAAAAUGAAACAAUUCGUGAAAGAUUCAAGUCCCUUGAAAAGCAACAUGAAAAUGUAUUGUUUGAAAAAGAUGAAAUGCAAGAGGAAUUAGCAGAUUUAAACGAAACUAGAACUCUACUCCAAGACGAGUUGAAAACUCUAAAAGAAGAGAAGUUACUGCUACAAAAAAGAAUGAAUGAAGAACUUGAAAAUGCUUUACAUGAUGAAAAAAAGAAAACAGAUGAUAUACUUGAUAGUAUGAAAGAUGAGCUAAAAGCUAACUUGCGUUCAAAUGAACUAUUGAAUAUACAAUUGAGUCAGAUUACUGUUGAUAAAGAGGAUUUGGAAAGACGUUUUAUCGAAUUAAACGAAAAUCACAAAAUUCUUAUUGAGAAAAAGGAAGAAUGGGAAAAACAAUUACAGUUUACACUGGCGGAGAAAACAAAGACCCAGAAUGCAAUGGGAGCUGUAAAAAGUCAGUGGGAGGAGCAUCAAGUCACGUGUGGUGGAACAAAUAAGGAUUUGGAAGAAAGAAUAAAAACUUGUUGCGGAGAAAUUGAAUUGAAUUUACUACAAGAUGAAAAAAAGAGCUUUCAUGAGAAAAUAAACAUCGUCGUCAAAGAAAAAGAAGAUAUUGUGAAGAAAAUGCAGCAACAAAUCGAUUCUUUGGAAAGUGAAUAUGAGGAAUAUAAGAAUGACAUGGUAAACUCAAUACAAACGCUCGAUGCUAAAUUGAGUCGAGUAAAUGAUGAAAAAAAUAACCUCGACGCUGAUUUUGAAGAACUGCUCCAUGCUCACGAAGAACUUCAAAUAAAACACGAUGACCAUGUUAAUGCAAACAAAGAACUGAAUAAUUUACUUCUCAGAAUGAGUGUCGAAAAAGAUGAACUAUUUAACGAAAAUCAGGUUUUAUCAGCGCGUCUUUCCUAUCAAUCAAACCAACUCGACUCUCCGGAACCAGGGGAACCCGAAGAAAUUUCACGUUUGCAAAUAACUAACGAAAAUUUACUUGAGGAAAUUGCAUGUUUGAAGGACAAGUUGAACGAAAAAAAGGAAGCCAUUGCGAUGGAAGAAAACCCAGUUUUCUCAGAUGAUGAAAAUGAGGUUACUUUAAGUAAAAACGAAACUACUGAAAACGAAAAAGUAAACACAGUCGAAACUAGAGUUUCCGAAUUAACGCAAGAGAAAUAUCACUUACAAAAUAACUUGAACGAUGUACGUGAAGAAGUUUCUGUAUUGUCCCUGAAACUUGAAGAUAAAAUCAAAGAGAAUCUUGACUUGCAAAACAAACUCAAAGAAUUUGCGUGUUUGACGGAUGUUCAAACUGCGAAUGAUAACGAGAUUGUGGAUUUAAGAAAUGCAGUUGAUAUUUUACAAAAUGAAAAUUCAGUUUUAAAAGAAACGAUCGAAAAACUUGAAGGAGUGAGUGAAGACUACAGUUGCGAAAUAAAAAACUGGAAAGAAAAGUAUUUUGAGAAAGAAUGUGAAAAGGAUUUACACGAUAGCAAUAUUUCAACCUUUGUAAAGUCAUUGAAAGAUGUUGGAAUAAUAUGCAAUGAUGAAGAUGAUAUUUUAGAAAUUUUCUUAAAGACACAAAAACAUAUGAAAGAAAGCCAACAAUCUAUUUCUUUUCUCAAUGAAAAUGCUCGUGAAAAGGAACAAAAGUUGUCUGAUAUAACUGCUGAAUUGAAUGGUCUCUCCGACGAUUUGCAGCAGAAAGAAACUCUUUUGCUUGAAAAGGAGGAAGUUUGUCGUAAAAAUGAACAAGACAUGUUUAAUGUUAAAACUGCUUUUGAAUCAGUGUCAGUUAAGUUGACAGAGAAAUCAGAAGAAUGUGAAAAUCUUAUGAAAAUGCUUGAGAACGAAAAAAACUUUGCUAAAGAAUUAGAGGAAAACAUAAAGAAUAUUGAGAAAUUAGCUGAAGAAAGGCAGGAAAAAUUAAUUCUAGCUGAAAAAUCUUUGUCUGAUGAAGUAGGUAGGUCGAGCGAUCUGCAAAGCAGGGUUGACGAAAUUUUAAAUGAGUGUAAAGCUAAAGACAAAGAGAUUUCUAUUUUGGAAAAUGAUCUGUUAAAUUCAAGACAUUUGGUCGAAGAACUAGAAAAUGAUAUAAAGCGGAAUGAUGAAACCUACAGCAACAAACUUAAAACAAGUUCGACAAAUAUUAUUGAAAAAACAGAAGAAUGCGAAAGUUUGAAGGAAGAACUUCAAAAAAAGAUUGUAGAAGUUGUUUCUUUGCAGCAAUCGCUUGAAUCUCGGGAUAUGGAACUAAACGAAAAAUUAUCUUCCUCAAAUAACCAAGUUGUAGAUUUAAGUAAGGAAAUUGAUCUACAGACCAAGAAAUUCUCUGAGCUCAGUGAGUUAUUGAAACAAACAAAAGAAUCAGAAAAAUAUUUGAAGGAGUCCUUGAGUAAGUUGACACAAGAGUGUUUGGAUAAAGAAACAGAACUUAAUAAACUGCGUGAAACACAAGUCAUGCUUCAGACAGAAUUAUCAUCUUUAAAAGAAAACAAUCCAACAACUCAUGAAAAUCUUAUAAAGAAAGACGUCAUGGUUGUGUCACAGUCAACACCUUAUGAGGAAGAGUCACGUGAUGAGCUGAAAGAAAAGUUAAAUUUAUACUUAGAGCAAAAAAUGAAAUUAGAAGAAGAGAUUAAUCGUCUGCGUAUUAAUGGAAGUAACUCCAACCACAAUGAAAUGAGUAAAAAAUAUGGAGUACUUGAAAAGCAAAACAAAGAACUUCAGACAAAAAUGAAUAAAAUGAAACAAUUGAUAGUAAAGGCAAAAAAAGAAAGUGAAAGUUUAAAACAGAAGUGCGAAGAUGAAAAAGCAGGUUUCUCUGAGAUUAUCAAACAAAAAGAUGAAAAAAUUGCGUCCAUGGAAAAUGAAAAUGAACUUAAAAUUUUGAGAGACUCUGAAAAGAGUGAAAUGUUCAGCAAACUUGAGGAAGAACUACAAACUGUAAGAGAAAGUUUAACAGAGAAGACUCUGCUUCAUCAUCAGGAGAAGGAAUCAUUUCAAGAGAGAUAUGAAAAUAUAGAAAAGGAAAAUCUUGAACUUGAACAUAAAUAUGAUGAGAUAAAAAAGUUAUGUGAUGAUCAAGUUGUUAAAAUUGGUUUGUUGGAAAAGGAAAUUGAGGAGAAAGAAAAAAAAUGUCUAGAGUUUUCAGAUCAGCUCAAAAGUCUUAAUGAUGAACUGACUGAAGAAAAAUCUGUACUUAAUGAUGUACAGUCCGAGUUAACAGCUGCCAAAGGACUAUUAGAGCAUUCUGAGAAGGAAGCUGGUAAAGCAAGUCUUGUCGAUCUCGAACUGGCAGAUUGUCAAAAUGCAUUAGAGAAAGUUGAGAAAGAACUGUCAGAAAACGAGAUAAAGCUGAGGCAGAAAGAAGAUGAAUCUCAAGCUUUAAAAGAUCAGUUGGUGACAAAAGACAAUAAUAUAGGUUAUUUAUAUCGCAAAUUUCCAAAUUCAUCGCUUUACUUCAUGAUUGUAAAACCACUAUUUAUGCGUAUAUCAAUGUUAAAUUUAUCAUCAAUCUUUACUACACAACAGAAUUGCACCUGUGUUGUGCACUACAUCAAAAACGAAAAUAUUAAUUCCUUUCAUAAUUCAUUUGUGUUGUAGUAGAAGAUUUACGUGAUUUUUGCCUUGAU